AUGGUCAUCCCAUUUUUUUCAGAAAUUAGGAAGGGACCAAAGAAAAUCUUUGCCCCACCUUCAAAGAAAUUGUGUAGUUUGACAUUCAAUAACUCUGACUCACCCAUGGAAGAGAUUCUGAGGAAAGAGACUGCAAAGACGGAUGCCAAUCUGCUAAUAGUCACACUAGAGAAGAAGGAAGAAAAAACAGCUAUCAUGAAUGGUCCAGGCAGGGCCCAUGAGAAAGAAGAAAAUGUGCAAGCCAUCAAGCCAGUAAAGAAAAGCAGAAAGGUUGGCAAGACACUUACUUCUAGAUACCCAGCUGAGAAGCAAGCAAAGGAGAAAGAAAAGGUAAAACCAAAUCUUACCAGUGAAGAAUUUGAGGAGAUAGUCAAGAUUGUACUACAGAAUUCCUGUCCAAAGAACUUGGGUCAACCUCUGACUUGGGUGCAGUGUUCCUUAUCAAACUGCAAAAAAUGGAGGAAACUUCAUCGGAACAUUGACCCUACAGUACUCCCAGAAAAUUGGUCUUGUGACCAGAAUACAGAUUUGCAGUAUAAUUGCUGUGAUAUCCCUGAGGAGACUUGGACAGAGGUUGACAGUGAGGUGGUCUAUGCCUCCUACAUUCCAGGAUCUAUCAUCUGGGCGAAACAAUAUGGCUAUCCCUGGUGGCCAGGCAUGAUAGAACCUGAUCCUGAUCUGGGCCAAUAUUUUCUUUUUCUUUCUCCUCAUGAUUCCAUGCCGUCUAAGUAUCAUGUGACAUUUUUUGGAGAAACAGUCACUCGUGCUUGGAUCCCUGUCAACAUGCUAAAGAAUUUCCAGGAGCUGUCAUGGGAGCUAUCUGGAGUGAAAAAGUAUAAAAACAAGGACUUUGCCCCAAAACUAAACUCAGCCCUGACUAUGGCUCAAGAAGCAGAAAAAGUUGGAAUUCAGGAGCGAGUUAAUACGUUUGGUUUCUGGAGCCGAUACAGUAGAUCUGACAGUGGAGAAGAAAAAGAUGUAAUGCCCUCAGGGAAUAAUAGCUUAACUUCUUCCCUGGAAAAUGAAGAGAAGAAUCAGAGGAAGCGAAGGGACAGAAAAAAUUUUUGAGCCACAUCCUGAGAUGCUGAGUCCUAACUGAUUUUCUGCCUGCGAGAUCUGCUUAUUUCUGAUACAAGGAUGUUGAAGUUUCCAGCUAUGAUAGUUAUUCAACCAUGUCAUUUAGAGUUCUAUCUUUUUUUUUUUUUUUGGUUUGUUUUGGUACUUGGACCACACCCAACUGUGCUCAGGGCAUACCUGUGACUACGCUUAGGAAUUACUUCUGGCAGGCUUGGGGGAUCUUGUUGGGUGCUGGGGAUCAAACCUGGGGUGAUCUAUGUAAGGCAAAUGCCCUACACAUUGUACUAUAACUCAUUAA